AUGAAGAACUUCAGUGGUUCCAGGUACAUUUUCUAUAGGAGCAAUGGAAGCUGGUACGAUUGGGAUAGAAGCCAAAAAAUUCGUAAUGAACAGUCUGGAUAUGACCUUGUUUCUAUUGAGAGUCGUGAGGAAUGGAACUUCCUGAAUCAAACCAUCCAAACAAAGAAGACCACUGAAUACUUCAUAGGUUUGAGGAAAGAUACAUCAACUGGAGUGUGGAGAUGGUUGAGUGAUAACAGCACAGUGAAUGCAUCCAAUAGAAAAGAAUGGCCCUGGGCAACUGGAGAACCUAACAACGAUAAUGGUAAAGAGAACUGCGCAGAAAUGUACAAACAUCAUUCUAAAAACUAUUGGCGUUACAAUGAUAUCAGCUGUACUUUACUCAAAGCCAGAGCAGGAUUCAUUUGUGAA